AUGUCUGCCGAAACCUUCGAGUUCCAGGCUGAGAUCUCUCAGCUCCUCUCUCUCAUCAUCAACACCGUGUACUCCAACAAGGAGAUUUUCCUGCGUGAACUCAUCUCCAACGCCUCCGAUGCCCUUGACAAGAUCCGCUAUGAGUCUCUCUCCGACUCGUCCAAGCUCGACUCGGGCAAGGAUCUCCGUAUCGACAUCAUCCCCGACGUUGAGGCCAAGACCUUGACCAUCAAGGAUACCGGUAUUGGUAUGACCAAGGCUGAUUUGAUCAACAACCUUGGUACUAUUGCCCGCUCGGGCACCAAGCAGUUUAUGGAGGCUCUCACCGCUGGUGCUGAUAUCUCCAUGAUCGGUCAGUUCGGUGUUGGUUUCUACUCCGCCUACCUCGUUGCCGACCGUGUCACUGUCGUCUCCAAGAACAACGAUGACGAGCAGUACAUCUGGGAGUCUGCUGCCGGUGGCACUUUCACUCUCACUCAGGACACUGAGGGCGAGCAGAUCGGCCGCGGUACCAAGAUCGUCCUUCACCUCAAGGAUGAGCAGGCCGACUAUCUCCAGGAGAGCCGUGUCAAGGAGGUUGUCCGCAAGCACUCCGAGUUCAUCUCGUACCCCAUCUACCUCCACGUCCUGAAGGAGACCGAGAAGGAGGUCCCCGAUGAGGAGGCUGAGGAGAAGAAGGAGGGCGAGGAUGACAACAAGCCCAAGGUUGAGGAGGUCGACGAGGAGGAGGAGAAGAAGAAGGAGGAGAAAAAGACCAAGACUGUCAAGGAGAGCAAGAUCGAAGAGGAGGAACUCAACAAGACCAAGCCCAUCUGGACCCGCAACCCUGCCGACAUUACCCAGGAGGAGUACGCUUCCUUCUACAAGUCGCUCUCCAACGACUGGGAGGACCACCUUGGUGUCAAGCACUUCUCCGUUGAGGGUCAGCUUGAGUUCCGCGCCAUCCUCUACAUCCCCAAGCGCGCUCCCUUCGACCUCUUCGAGACCAAGAAGACCAAGAACAACAUCAAGCUCUACGUCCGCCGUGUCUUCAUCACCGAUGACGCCACUGACCUCAUCCCCGAGUGGCUCAGCUUCGUCAAGGGUGUUGUCGACUCUGAGGACCUUCCUCUCAACCUGUCUCGCGAGACCUUGCAGCAGAACAAGAUCAUGAAGGUCAUCAAGAAGAACAUUGUCAAGAAGACUCUCGAGCUCUUCACCGAGAUCGCUGAGGACCGUGAGCAGUUCGACAAGUUUUACUCGGCCUUCAGCAAGAACAUCAAGCUCGGUAUCCACGAGGACGCCCAGAACCGCCCCGCCCUCGCCAAGCUCCUCCGCUACCAGUCCACCAAGUCUGGUGACGAGAUCACCUCCCUCCAGGACUACGUCACCCGCAUGCCUGAGCACCAGAAGCAGAUCUACUACAUCACUGGCGAGUCCAUCAAGGCUGUUGUCAAGUCUCCCUUCCUUGACUCCCUCAAGCAGAAGAACUUCGAGGUUCUGUUCCUUGUUGACCCCAUUGACGAGUACGCUUUCACUCAGCUGAAGGAGUUCGACGGCAGGAAGCUCGUCGACAUCACCAAGGACUUUGAGCUCGAGGAGUCCGACGAGGAGAAGGCUGAGCGUGAGCGUGAGGAGAAGGAGUACGAGGGUCUUGCCAAGAGCCUUAAGGAGAUCCUUGGCGACAAGGUCGAGAAGGUCGUUGUUUCCCACAAGCUUAUCGGUGCUCCUUGCGCCAUCCGUACCGGCCAGUUCGGUUGGUCCGCCAACAUGGAGCGUAUCAUGAAGGCUCAGGCCCUCCGUGACACCUCCAUGAGCUCCUACAUGUCUUCCAAGAAGACCUUCGAAAUCUCCCCCAAGUCUCCCAUCAUCCAGGAGCUCCGCAAGAAGGUCGAGGCUGAUGGUGAGAACGACCGCACUGUCAAGUCCAUCACCCAGUUGCUCUUCGAGACCUCUCUCCUUGUCUCUGGUUUCACCAUUGAGGAGCCCUCCAGCUUCGCUGAGCGUAUCCACAAGCUCGUCUCUCUUGGUCUGAACAUCAAUGAGGACACCGAGACCACCGAGGAGAAGGCCGCUGAGGAGGCCGCUCCUGCUGCCGCCACCGGCGAGAGCUCCAUGGAGGAGGUUGACUAA